GGCUGUGGGUUAACCUUGGGAUCCCGGGCGCUCAGUUCACCUCAGGAAUGCCACAUACCCUCCCAGUCCUCCCUCACUGGCUGAAUCCACCGGCUAACAAUGUUGUGGCUGGGAACAAUUUUGUUACUUAUUUACACAGUAAACGGUCAAGGUGACUCUCGCUGUGUCUCACUUGGCGGAUCGGAUGGUAACUGUGGCUCCCAGGACGAGUGUUCUUCCUACCUGAGCCUCAUUGAACAGAAGAAUGAACCUUCUGUAAAGCCACUCUUCAAUACGACAUUAGGAGAUGAGCUGUUGAACUACGUCUCGAGAUGCUGCGAAUCAGCCUCUUCGAAAUCUGUCUUUCCUACCGAGGAAGAGUGCGGUUUCUCGGAGCCUUCGGGCCCGGCAAACGAUCUUCAGAGGCGUGGCGCAUGGCCGUGGUUUGCUGCCAUCGGAACACGUGCCGAGGGCAGAUUUCAAGCAUUAUGUGGCGGAUCCCUUAUCACACGUCGCCAUGUUCUCACCGUAGCUCACUGCGCACAGUUUUUCAAGGACACCAUUUACGUUCGUCUUGGGGACUAUCACCUGACUAGCACUGAUGAGGCAAACCACAUAGAACUGGUCGCUUUGAAUCAUACGGAUCCUGGAUAUAAUAUAGCCACACACAGAGACGAUAUUUCGAUCAUUACUCUUGAGAGAGACGUAGUAUUCAGUGACUAUAUUCGACCAGUGUGUCUUCCAUUCAACUACCGAUCCGAGGAUUUUUUAGAUAAGCGUCUAGCCGUCGUUGGUUAUGGCAUCACCAUCCUUGGUGGUAAACCAUCGGAAUUACCCAUUGCUGCAGUGCUGAACGUGGUAGAUUUAGGCACCUGUCAAAGAAAUUACAUGCAAGUCGAGCUGCCACACAGGAUCAUCCUAACUGAUUCGCAGAUGUGUGCAGGUGGUAGCAGUGGAGACUCCUGUACUGGUGACAGCGGCGGGCCUCUGAACUACUAUGAUAUCAACACCCGCAGGUUUUAUAUUGCUGGCAUAGUGUCGUUCGGCUAUAGAUGCGGCCUUGCGGAUUUCCCAGGAGUCUACACGCGUGUGGGAGCUUACCUCCAUUGGAUAGAGAACACAUUAAAUAACAGCAUUUAGAUAGCUAAAACCGACACAGCUAUUCAAAAUAUUUGCACCUAAACAGGGCUGAGUUGACUGCAGCCAUCUAUGGAAAGGGCCUGGCAUUAAAUUUAAUCUAAAUACUUGGUACGCAAGACAAAGAUCCCUUACCAAGAAAUGGCUUAGAUUCCCCAAAGCUACACAGGCUUUGCUUUGGGGAUUGGAGGACAAAAGUAGGUAUGGAACCAGACCAGUUCUUCUCCCUAAUUCUGCUGCCUCCACAAUAUGCUCAAGGUACCCAGUUUCCAUACAUGAUGGCUGGGAUUGUCAGCUAAUAAAUAGUGAGAGGGUAAAAAGCAGUUAAUACUCGUAGUGAUAUUUUGUACACGCAGAGACUUAUUUCACCAAAUGCGUUAUUAAUGUAUAUCCAUUUUUUUAUUAUAUAAUGUUGUACAUUUAUUAAAUGUUAUCAUUACAUACGUUCAUAUCGUUUUCAAAUUUUAAUUGCGUACCAUUAGUAUGUCUACUGUAUAUCUAAUUAUAGUUUUUUUUUUUAUCAUUAUUAUUAUAUUACCGUUCACAUGUCAUCAUUUUAACAGAAAAGUCGACACUAGCAAGCCAUAGUUUUUUUUUUCUUUUUUCUAUAUGGCAAAUCAGAUUGUCUUUCUGCAUUUGAAACUUAAACUAUUGUAGUUUUGAAUAAAGGGUUAUUUGUGAU